AUGGAAGAUCCCUCAUCAUCAAAGACCAACAACAUCAAUAGCAGCGGCAAUAGCAGCAACAACAACAACAGUAGUAACAAUAAUAAUAAUAAUAGUGUGACCAUUACAUCCAUCGUGGUAAAUGGGAGCACAGACCAGAGCACAAUGGACAAUCAACAGGACGAUCAAGAGCACACUGCCCCUGGUGGCGGGGAUAGCGUUCUUGGCGUGGAGCCUAAGGUGACGGACAAGAAGAGAAAGCUAUCAAACUAUGGCACGGAGGAGAGCACCUAUCAUCACCUAAAGAGGCCGUCUUUGGGUGACAUCAAUACACCAGUACCACUAUCGAACUUAUUCAGACGAAACAGCUUUAGCUCGGGCUCGUCACCAAGGUCAUCGACGAGCACCACAACAACAAGUGAUCAAUUGAUUUGCCGAGGCGAGCGCGAGGAGGACCUCGAGGAGAUCAGGAGGGAGAGACUCGAGCGUGACAAGAUGCUCCACGAGUCUGCCGACGAAGCAAUCUUCAAGUAUGGCGACGGAGAGGAGGGAGAGAAUUUGUUGCUGCGAAGGAGCAGCAGCAGCAGGAGGAGGAUGUCGAGCAUCAACGACCAUCACGAAGAUGGUAAUGAACAUGAUCAUGACCACGAUCACGAUCACAACGACAAUGAUGAUAUGAUCAUUGACACCAUCACGACCAACCAUGAUGAUGCCAAUGAUCAUGAGAAUGAUCACGAUCAUGACAAUCACAUCCCACUUAACAGUACCAACAACACCGAUGACGAAUAUGACAAUCACACCAACAACAACACCGACGACGACGACUCUGGCAUGAUGAUGGACGACCCCUUCUCUCGGGGCAACAGUCCAGUGCGCAGCAACAAUCCUCUGCGCAACCGUCUGCUCAUCACCGAGCCAGAGGAGCACCACAGCACCGACGACGAGCACGAAUCUCGCAAGUCGGACGAGAACCUCAAGACGCCCACCGACGACUCGGCGCACCUGGCCAACGACCACACGGGCUCAACACCACCAAUCACCACCAUCGACGACGACGACGACGACGAAGAGGACGACGAUGUACCACUACGUAUCCGAACGUGCGCCACCAACAAGGCGCCCAAGCUGGCGCUCAGCAACUGCUGGCUCAAGGUGAUCCCCACCGAGGUGUGGUCGCUCACCGAGCUGCGCGACCUCGACCUGUCGGCCAACCAGCUCAAGAAGGUGUCCAAGUCGAUCGGCACGCUCGUGCAUCUUCGUCGUCUGCGCCUCAACCACAACCAGCUCACCGUGCUGCCCAAGGAGUUCUACACGCUCAACCGUCUCACGACGCUCUACCUCAACAACAACAACUUCAAGACGGUGCCCAAGGACAUCAAGCAUCUGACCAGUCUCAAGCUGCUCGACCUGAGCUUCAACCAGAUCACCGAGAUCCCAUCGCAGGCUAGCAUCAACAAGAUGGUCAGUCUAGUGGAUCUUCGUCUGCGCUACAACCAGCUCUCGACGCUGCCUUCCAACAUGCUGGACGCCACGCACCUACAGGUGCUGUGGCUCGAGGGCAACCGACUGCCACUUGCCAAGAACAUCCUGAAGAAGUCUCCUGCCGAGAUCUUCACGUUCCUGCGCGCCUACAAGCCCGUCCCCAAGAAGGUCAACGUAGACAAGACGAACAAGGGCAUUCAGCUGCCCACGUCAAUCAACGUGGCUCAGACGAUCGCCGUGGCACAGGAGCUGGCGCAGAGCGCCAUCGAGAAGAAUGACACAAAGAAGCGCAAGAAGGAGAACAUCAACGAAAUCCAGAACAAGGUCAAGCAACUAGAGGAAGAGCUGGUCGUGGCCAAUGCCAAGGCCACCAAGCUCGAGGAGGAGGCUGCCGUCCUUCAGCAGCUGCACACCCAAUUCCCUGUAAAUCUACCACAAAACUACAAUGGUCUGCGCGACACUCCACCGCCCACCAACACGCCGCCAUCCAACGUGUCGCCUGUGCUCAGCAGCCAGCUGGUGGUCAACGCCAUCAACAACAUCUCGCUGCUAUCGCCCACGCCACCACAUCACGUGCCACCCAUCCAGAUCACACAGCCACUGCCCGCGCAGCCACUGCCAACCCAGCAGCUGGCACCUCUGCCACUCAACCAGUUUCCACAGCCCACAAAGAAGGAGUCGCCGUCCGCGACGCCGCCACCUGAGAAGCACUUUGAAUGGGAGAUUGCGCUGUCAGAGAUCAACUGCGGCACAUGCAUUGGCCGCGGCGGCUACGGCCAGGUGUUCCGAGGCAGCUGGCGGGGAACAGAGGUGGCAAUCAAGAUGCUCUUCAACGAUAACUUGAGCCAGAAGUUGCUGAACGACCUCCGAAAGGAAGUGGACUUGCUGUGCAAGUUGCGCCACCCAAACAUUCUACUGUUCAUGGGUGCAUGCACCGAGCCCCGCUCGCCGUGCAUCGUCACAGAGUUCAUGUCGCGUGGCAGUUUGGCCAGCCUUUUGACUGAUGAGACGGUCGAGCUCGACUGGGGCCUGCGCCUGCAGCUCGGUCUGGACUGCGCAAGAGGCGUCACCUACCUUCACUCGCGACACCCCGUCAUCAUCCACAGAGACCUCAAGACUGACAACCUUUUGGUUGACGAGCGUUGGCAGCUCAAGGUGGCCGACUUUGGCCUGGCCACUGUCAAGUCGCACACAUUCGCCAAGACUAUGUGCGGAACAACUGGCUGGGUUGCACCAGAGGUGCUGGCCGAGGAGGGCUACACUGAGAAGGCAGACGUCUACUCAUUCGCCAUUGUGCUCUGGGAGUUAAUGACGCGCCAGAUACCCUACGCUGGCAAGCUCACCCUACAGGUAGUCAGGUCGAUCGAUCGUGGCGAGAGACUGGCCAUCCCACCGUGGUGUCCGUCCGACUAUGCGACGCUUAUCAACAUGUGCUGGGAGACCGAUCCCUCCAAGCGACCUUCCUUCCCCGAGGUCCUGCCAUUGAUGGAGGCCAUGGUCGCCAAGUUCCACAAAGAGAAGAAGUACGCCAUUGAGCACGGACUUCCCAUCCCACAUGUGGGUCCACCAAUCGAUGGAACCGAGCCACAAAAGCAGCUUCAGCCCACCAAGCAGCCACAAGCAGCUUAUCCACCACCUGCCGCUACAGUAGUAGCAGCGGCAGUGAACAACAACAACAACAACAAUUUGACAACAGUAGUAACAGCAGCAGCAACAACAGCAGCAGCAAUGGUAGCAACUCCGGUGACAGGAGCACCCCCAGUAAUCAACAACAUCAACAACAACAAUCAAUCAUAA